AUCAAUUUGUGGCUGCAGUCUCGAGGUUUAAGAUUCGCGGGAAAAGCGAAGAAGAGAGAGAGAAGGAUUUGCAAGUGGGAUUCUGAUCUAACUUUGAACAAUGGCAGAGAAACCAGAAGAUUUGAAUCUUCCUAACGCAGUUAUUUCACGCCUGGCAAAAGAUGCUCUCCCUGAAAAUGUUAACAUAUCCAAAGAAGCCAGAACUGCCAUAGGAAAAGCUGCCAGCGUCUUUGUUCUUUAUGCUACAUCAUGUGCAAAUAACUUUGCACAAAAACAGAAGAGGAAGACAUUAACUGCACCUGAUGUAUUUGAAGCUUUAGAGGAAAUGGAAUUUGAGCAGUUCAUUCAACCUCUUAAAGAAAGCUUAGCUUUGUUCAGAAAGGAACAAAAAGGUAAAAAGGAAGCAGCAGCUGAAUCAAAACGAAAGAAGAGUGAUACUGCAUCUGAACCAGAACCAGAAUCCAAACGUCAAAAAACAGAAUCUGAUGACAAAGAGAAAUUGAAAGAAACUAAAACAGGAGGAGCAGAUAAAGAUACAGAAAAUGAAGAAGAUCC